AUGACAAAUGAAAAAAAGCCACCGAUAGAUGCUUCCUCUUCUGCAUCAGCAUCAACAGGUCAAACACCGCCAAUAACAACUCAACCUAGCAAGGAGCAUAAACAAGUGAUUGGUGUUGAGAAGGAUACGGAAUUGAUAGAAGAAAAAUCUCUACUUUCAUCUCAUGAUAUGUUAGAAAAAGAACAUGAUGAUGGAAAUAUUGAAUAUAAAUGGAAGUUAGUUGGUCUUUCCGAAGACAGAUUCAAACACCUUGUUACUCAAAUGAAAUAUAGGCUAAGCGAAGGACAAGGAGAAGCAAUUUAUGAAAUAGGAAUUAAUGAUGAUGGUUAUCCUUUAGGAUUAUCGGAAGAAGAAUACCGAGAAACAUUAUCUAACAUUGAAAAGAUGGCUGCGGAAUUGCAAGCCAAUGUUUCAAUUAUUUGUGAAAAGCAAGUCACAAGCGAAAAAGAUCAAAAGAGGAGCAAGAAGCCUAGCAAUGAAAAGAAUGGCUCUUCGGGAGAAGUUCAAGCUAAUGAGAAAAGAUGGGUUGCAGAAGUGUUAGUCAGAAGAUUUGGAGAAGAGGAAUAUUUGAAUGUUAAUAUUGUUGUUUGUGGAAAUGUUGACUCUGGUAAAUCUACCUUGAUUGGUGUAUUGACAAGAGGACAACUCGACAAUGGAAGAGGAUUGGCUCGUUCCAAUGUUUUUAUCCACAAGCAUGAAUUGACGACAGGUAGAACCUCAAGUAUUAGCCACCAAAUUAUGGGAUUUGAUGCCAAGGGAGACAUUGUAAAUCACAGCAAUCUUGACCAUCCAACUUGGAAGGACAUUAUUGAAAAAUCCUCUAAAGUCUGUACCUUUGUAGAUUUGGCUGGACAUGAAAAGUAUUUGAAAACUACAGUCUUUGGAAUGACUGCUGGUGCUCCUGAUUAUGCCGUUGUUUGUGUGGGAGCCAAUAUGGGAGUAACUAAAAUGACCAAAGAACACAUCGGCCUGUGCUUGGCAUUGAAGAUACCAAUGUUCUUUUGCGUAACAAAGGUUGAUAUUUGCCCUGAAAAUGUCUUAAAACAAACUGUUGAAACCAUUCACAAGAUUCUCAAAUUACCUGGAGUUAGAAAAUUACCAUACCAUGUCAAGAAUGAGGAUGAUGUUGUGACAUGUGCUAAAAAUCUUGCCAGUGACAGAAUUUCCCCAAUUUUCUUUUUGAGCUCUGUGACUGGAGAAAACCUUAAUUUAUUGCACAAAUUUUUGAAUUUAUUACCCAUCAGAAAGGAUUGGGAAUCUCUCAUUGAUAAGCCAGCUCAAUAUAUCAUUGAUCAAACAUUCUUUGUUAGUGGUGUAGGAACCGUUGUAAGCGGAAUUGUUCAAAGUGGAAGUAUUUCUGUCAAUGAUAAAUUGAUGCUAGGACCAGAUUCUAACGGACUUUUCAGAAGCGUCGUUGUAAAGAGUAUUCAUUGUAAGAGGGUUAAUGUCAAACGUGUGCAUGCAGGACAGCAUGCAAGCUUUGCUCUCAAGAAAGAAAGACGUUCUGGAAUUAGAAAAGGAAUGGUGCUCGUUGAUGAAGAAGAUCCAAAAGCUUCAUGGGAAUUUGAAGCUGAUAUUCUCGUAUUGUAUCAUAGUACAACCAUUAAGGAAAAUUAUCAACCUGUGGUUCACUGUAACUGUGUCAGACAAACUGCUAAGAUCAUCAAAAUGGAUGUGGAAUCUCUUAGAACAGGAGAAAAAGCUAAAGUUAAAUUCCGUUUCAUGUUCAGACCAGAAUAUUUGAGAGUUGGUGAACGACUAAUUUUUAGAGAAGGAACAACAAAAGGAUUGGGUGUCAUUUCUCAAGUAUUCAAAUAA